AUGGCCAUGACUGUACUGCCUACCUUUAAAACCUUUUUGCAGAUAUCGUCUACACCGCAGUCACCGUCGUCGCUGCUUCAGCGCCCAUAUAGCCCCAACUGCUCAUCUUACGGCCGACACCUGCCUAUCAACGCCAGCAGCACGCCGGAGCCCUAUUUUAACAGUAUUUACAAUUUUAAGAGCAACUCAUCGGUCCUGAGCUCCAGCCUUAGCGUGAAGAACGAAGAUAUGGUGUCAUGUCGUCGCACGAGUUUGAAGCGUCCACUACACGGUGUGGGUCUCAAUGCUGCACCGAUAUCGCCAUCGACCCUCUAUACUACGCUCGGCAAGCGUAGCAAGAAGAAAUAUCUGAAGGAGCGAGAACGCUGGGAGAUCGUGCGUCGCGUGCGGGCCGGGGAAAAGCAGGCUCAUCUGGCCAAAGAGUUUGGUGUAACCCGUGCUGCUGUUUGUUACCUGCUGAAGAAUCAAACAUCGAUCAUGCGCCGCUUAACGCAGGAUCCUUUUAUAUUGUCCAGCAGCAUCUACACUGGUUAUUAG